AUGAUGAUGACUACUACAAAAACUCGUAACACCUUUCUGAGUCACUUUGUCUUGUUCCUUUCGUGUUUUGUGUUGAUGGAAGUUGGUUUAGGACGAAGCCCGACAAGUGAAAUUAAAGUAGGAGUAGCUCUUGAUCUCAAAACAACAUUUUCCAAGAUCUGUCUCACUUCACUUAAUAUGUCGUUGUCCGAUUUCUAUGAAGAUCAUCCUAAUUACCGUACAAGACUUGCGCUUCACGUCAGAGAUUCCACGGAAGAUGUUGUCCAGGCUUCAGCUGCAGCCUUGGACCUAAUCAAGAAUGAGCAAGUGAGCGCCAUCAUAGGACCAAGAAGCUCUAUGCAAGCUGAAUUCAUGAUAAGAAUGGCCAACAAAUCUCAAGUACCGAUCAUCACAUUCUCAGCAACAAGCCCUCUUUUAACGUCCAUCAAGAGCCCUUACUUUGUCCGUGCCACUCUCGACGACUCGUGCCAGGUGGAAGCCAUUGCGGCCGUUGUUAACUCCUUUGGGUGGAGAAGCGUCGUGGCCAUUUAUGUGGACAACGAGUUAGGUAAAGGAAUUAUGCAUUCUUUGUCAGACGCUUUACAAGACGUGGAAGUCCACAGAAGUGUGAUCUCUACGGAGGCUAGCGAUGAUCAGAUUCUAAAGGAGCUUUAUAAGCUUAAGACAAGACAGACAAGGGUAUUCGUUAUCCACAUGGCCUCAAGACUCGGGUUCCGGGUUUUGCAGAAAGCUAGGAAGAUCGGGAUGUUGGAGGAAGAGUAUGUCUGGUUACUAUCAAAUGGAAUGACGAAUAUGAUGAGACAUAAUGGUCGUAGCUUAGAGACUAUGCAAGGUGUGCUAGGUGUGAGGAAUCAUGUCCCUAAAUCGAAAGAGCUUGAAGAUUUUCGUUUGAGAUGGAAAAGAAAGUUCCAGAAGGAGAACCCGUUGAUGAGGGAUGAUGUAGAGCUGAAUGUUUUCGCAUUAUGGGCGUAUGAUUCCAUCACUGCAUUGGCCAUAGCCGUGGAGAAAAGCAACACAAAGAACUUAAGGUAUGAUAACGUUAGCGCUUUAUCAAAUAACACUACAGAUCUUGGGACCUUAGGGGUCUCUCGCUACGGUCCAAGUCUUCUGGAGGCUCUCUCGGCUAUAGAAUUCAAGGGUCUAGCAGGAGAGUUUAAACUCCUUAACAGGCAGCUCGUGGCAUCAACUUUUGAUAUCAUCAAUGUUGUUGGAAACGAAGAGAGGAUAAUCGGAACAUGGACACCAAGAGACGGACUUAUGAAUGCAAAUUUAAAGAAAACUACGUCGUUAUCAAAGGAAAGGUUGGGGCCGGUGGUAUGGCCCGGGAGUUCGUAUGGUGUUCCAAAAGGUUGGGAGGUACCAACGGACGGUAAGAAAAUUAAAGUAGGCGUUCCCGUAAAGCAAGGCUUCUUCAAUUUUGUGGAGGUCACGACAAAUCCGAUCACUAACGUAACAACCGCAAAGGGUUACGCGAUAGACAUCUUCGAAGCUGCUCUUAAGAAGUUGCCAUAUUCAGUCAUUCCUCGUUACUACCGUAUCGAGUCUCCAGAAGAUAACUACAAUUAUUUGGUCCACCAAGUCUAUGACGGGAUGUUGGAUGCAGUUGUUGGAGAUAUAACCAUAACAGCAAACAGGUCAUCGUAUGUUGAUUUCACAUUACCUUACACCGAGUCUGGAGUAUCUAUGUUGGUGCCGCUCAGGGACAACGAAAACAAGAACACAUGGGUGUUCCUUAAACCUUGGAGCUUAGACCUAUGGAUCACCACCGGUUGCUUUUUCGUCCUCAUCGGUUUUAUUGUGUGGCUGUUCGAACACAGAGUCAACUCCGACUUCCGUGGACCGCCUCACCACCAGAUUGGCACCAGUUUCUGGUUCUCUUUCUCCACUAUGGUCUUCGCUCACCGCGAGAAGGUGGUGAGCAAUUUAGCAAGGUUUGUGGUGAUCGUCUGGUGUUUUGUGGUGCUUGUGCUCACUCAGAGCUACACAGCGAAUCUCACCUCUUUCCUAACGGUACAACGUUUAGAACCAAGAGCUACAAAUGUGAAAGACCUCAUCAGAAAUGGGGAGUCUGUAGGGUUUCAACAUGGCGCUUUUGUUAAAGAUACUCUAAAAGGUCUAGGAUUCCCCGAAUCACAGCUCAAGGCUUUUGGUUCUGCUGAAGAAUGCGACGAGCUUUUGUCCAAUGGGACAUCGAAAGGCGGUAUAGCAGCAGCUUUCGACGAAGUUGCCUACCUUAAGGCUAUCCUUUCUAAGUACUGCUCCAAAUAUGCAAUAGUUGAACCUUCCUUCAAGACUGCUGGUUUUGGGUUUGCAUUCCCAAGGAACUCGCCUAUGACAGGAGAUGUAUCAAGGGCUAUUUUGAAUUUGACUCAAGGUGAAGAAAUGGUAGGCAUCGAGAACAAAUGGUUCAACCGUCUCAGCUUCGCUAGUGAAUGUCCUGAUCCAAAGACAGCUCUUUCAUCUAACCGUCUCAGCCUCAGUAGCUUCUGGGGUCUAUUUCUAAUAGCAGGCAUUGCUUCAUUCCUGGCAUUUCUCAUCUUUGUAGGCCACUUCUUGUACGAGCAUAGGCACACGCUCUGCGAUAAUACCGAAGGUUCCUUGUGGAGAAAGCUAACGUCUUUGUUCAGAACCUUUGAUGCGAAAGACAUAAAGUCUCAUACUUUCAAGAACAGUGCCGUUCAUAAUGUGAGUUUACCUGUUACUCAGUGUACUCCGAGCCCUUCAACUGUGCAGAUGAGACCAUGGCCACGAAGUAUGUCAUUAAACAGGGAAUUUGAGCUAAGACGAGCUUCUUUUUUCAUGAGCGAAGAACGUCUCACCACGCAACCGGAACAUAAUAAACAUGGAGCAUCUGAUAUUGAAUCUAGAGCUGAACGAUAGCUAGAGAGUUAAGAA